AGGUGGCUGGGGAGUGAAUUUUCUGGAAGGCGACUUUAAAGGCGCCGGGCCGGAGCGAAAGGCGUUUGGGUGCCGCCGCCGCCCGGGCCGGGGAGCGGGGCGCGUUGGUGGCAGGAAGCGAGCUGCGCCGAGGUGGUCGCGGAACCACCUGGUGACCCCGCAGGAUGAACCACAAGAGCAAGAAGCGCAUCCGCGAGGCUAAGCGGAGCGCGCGGCCAGAGCUGAAGGACUCGCUGGACUGGACCCGGCACAACUACUACGAGAGCUUCUCGCUGAACCCGGCGGCCGUGGCGGAUAAUGUGGAAAGGGCAGACGCGUUACAGCUGUCGGUGGAAGAAUUUGUCGAGCGAUAUGAAAGACCUUACAAGCCCGUGGUUCUGCUGAAUGCCCAAGAAGGCUGGUCUGCGCAGGAGAAAUGGACUUUGGAGCGCCUCAAAAGGAAAUACCGGAACCAGAAGUUCAAGUGUGGUGAGGAUAAUGACGGGUACUCCGUGAAAAUGAAGAUGAAAUACUACAUCGAGUACAUGGAGAGCACUCGAGAUGACAGCCCCCUCUACAUCUUUGACAGCAGCUACGGUGAACACCCCAAAAGGAGGAAACUUUUGGAAGACUACAAGGUGCCCAAGUUUUUCACUGAUGACCUUUUCCAGUAUGCAGGAGAGAAGCGCAGGCCCCCUUACAGGUGGUUUGUGAUGGGCCCACCACGCUCUGGAACUGGAAUUCACAUUGACCCUCUGGGAACCAGUGCCUGGAAUGCCUUAGUUCAGGGCCACAAGCGCUGGUGCCUGUUCCCUACCAGCACGCCCAGGGAACUCAUCAAGGUGACCCGUGAAGAAGGAGGGAACCAGCAGGAUGAAGCUAUUACCUGGUUUAAUAUUAUUUAUCCCCGGACACAGCUUCCAACCUGGCCCCCCGAAUUCAAACCCCUGGAAAUCUUACAAAAGCCAGGAGAGACUGUCUUUGUACCAGGAGGCUGGUGGCACGUUGUGCUCAAUCUUGAUACCACCAUUGCCAUCACCCAGAAUUUUGCCAGCAGCACCAACUUCCCUGUUGUAUGGCACAAGACGGUAAGAGGGAGGCCAAAGUUAUCAAGGAAAUGGUAUAGAACAGAUACAGCACGGGCAGCGGCAGUGCAAGCCACCCCCAGCCACCCCGUGCCACUGUGUCCCAACCCUGACCUGGAGGGACCAGCUCUCGGGGUAAGAGAGGGAUUCUGGCUUGUUCAGUGCUCAGCCUCCCUGCUGAGAGGGCCAGCAAGGGUGGUGGCUUUGUUCUCCCCGGACUCUUGGGCAUCUGAGGCCCACUUACUCCAUCCCGUAGGCUGCUGCGUGCUGCGAUUUGGAUUCUGAAGGCCUUGCCAUACAGCAGGUCUUUGUCCUUGGUUACAGUGGAUGCCAGGUUAGGUUCCUAAGGGGAGGGCUGCUGCCUCUGAAAGUCCAGUGCAGUUUUAUCUUCGAGUGAGGGGGGACCCUCUCUGUUACCUGACGCUUCUUAUUUGUUACAAACCUAGAUGUUUCUGCUUACAAAUAGAAUUUAACCAAGCCUAACUCCAAUUGUGAAGUGCUGUGCUGUGGAAAGGAAAGGUUCCCAAAAAAUCAGCUAGGAAGAGUUCAGGAAAAAACAAGAGAGACUGUUUCUCCCAAGGGGAUAAAACUAAGACCAACUCAAGGAAACGUACCUUGCGUGUAGGCAGCACGGCUGGCUCAUUGCACAGGUGGUAGUAAAUUUCGUGUCGCUAGUUUUCCUUUCAGAAAAGCCUGAGCAGCAUGUUAGGGCUUUUGUUCCCAGCCUGUGGCUUCGUGUGUCCUCACCAGCGUCCAGCACCCAUUCUGAACGAGGCACCUGGCAUUCCCAGGCACUUCUAAGAGAGACAGGGUUCAGCUUUGAGUCUGGGUUAUUGUGUGUGGGUGUCGUUGCCUCUCCCAGCACUGAGAACAGCAUUUCUU